GAUAGCAAAUGGUACAAUGCACCAACGAGAGAGAGAGAGAGAGAGAGAGAUAUGGGAAGAGAUGUAGAGAGAGAGAUAGUGGAAGAGGUGGAAGAGGAGGAAGAGAAGGUGAUGGGAUGGUCAUCAUCUGUGGAGCCUCAGCUGUCACUUAACCAUGUUUCGUUCGUCUGCAAAUCAGUAAGCAAAACAGUGAGAUUCUAUGAGGAAGUAUUAGGGUUUGUCGUCAUUAAACGCCCUUCUUCCUUCAAAUUUGAAGGAGCUUGGUUGUUCAAUCAUGGAAUUGGCAUACAUUUGCUUGAAAGCAACUCCCCUGAUGACAUUCAAGCCAAGAAAGGAGUAAUCAAUCCAAGGGACAACCACAUUUCAUUCCAAUGUUCAGACUUUUGGUUGGUGAUAAGAAAAUUAGAGGCAAUGAACAUAGAGUAUGUGAAAGCUGAGGUUGAGGAAGGUGGAAUUAAGGUUGAUCAGCUCUUCUUCCAUGACCCAGAUGGGUAUAUGAUCGAGAUCUGCAACUGCGAAAAUCUUCCUAUUCUUCCACUUUCUUCAUGCCCUCUGAAGAAGCUUAAGCACCCCUACUCCGAUGGGGAGAAUGACAUGUCUCUGCUGCUCUCAGGAGAACAAUGGGAAGAAAUGACGCGUGCAAAGAAAGCUGAAGCCUUGAUCAUGAAGAACUUGGUUACAGACAUGAUGGUCAUCUCCUUCUGAAGGAUUUUAUGAGAAAACUUGUUAUUGGUUGUGCAGAUUUCUUAGUUGUCAAAUGGGAAACCUGGCUGGGUAAUUCUACCUUUUUUAAGAACUCAAAUCAAUAAUAAGUGAAGAAAGUUUCCAUGUAUUGAAAUGUUUGUUCUCUAAUAGCAAUAGAUAAUAGAUUCAAGAGCAGUGGUUAAGCUUCA